AUGUCGCCGACCCCCACCCUGCCCGCAGUCGCCAACUCCUCUUGCUCUCUCACCACCUACUCUGACCCCUCGACAAGUUCCUUCAACGCUAGCACGACACUUUCCUCCUGGAUGCUACCCGUCACGAGCUCCUCACUUACGAGCACCGAUGAAGCCGUUUCUUCGACGACAACGCCGAGGCCCUACGAGACAGUUGUUCUCCUUCCGACCACCUGGCCUACAUUCCCCGGACCUUUGACUUUGGAGACCUCACAAGUAUCGGUCUUCUCGCCGUCGACUAGUACUUCCUCCGCCCCUUCCAAAAGUGCGCUCGGUCAGCCCACUCUCACGCAGGGCGGUGUCGGUUCCGCGUCUCAGAGUCUCCCAGUCGAAGGCGACGCUGACCCGACGGGCGAGUUUUGGCAAUACCACCUCAAACGCACUUCCUCUCCCAACCGAAAAAUUGUCGAGUUCAUCAGCGACAAGGAAGGAGAAUACCAGGCUCCUCCCGCUCCUCGUAGUCUUAUAUUUCUGCUUGAAUACGAUGGGUGUACCUCUGAAGACUCUGUAGCGCGCUUUCCUCGCUCAGCGCCUACGGAUCGUUCAGGUUUAAUUCAUGAGUCUCAUUCAGCGUCGCAAAUCUUCAAGUCCUUCUUCAUGCAAGUGUUUGGAGGAAAGAACGAGGCGCCCGGCGCCAACCCCGAGUUUCGCUCCCAACUUUCGCCCUCAUCUUCUGCAAUGUCAACCUCGAGCAGCACAACACCGUCGAUACCGUCCUCCGUGGCAAUUCAUACAAUGAGCUCUCUUUCAGGUCCUCCUGGCGCUCCCUCUCCUGUUCAGCUUCCAAGCACUUGGCCGACCAUACCCGCGACCAUCGACGGGGUUCUUGGGUCCAGUUCUUCCACGACGACAACGACCAUCGACGGGGUUCUUGGGCCCAGCUCUUCCACGCCGACAACGACCAUCGAUGGGAUCGUUGGACCCAGUUCUCCCACGACGACAACGACCUCAACACCGACGACGUUUUCCCUAGCUGGCGACUCAGCCACUCCUGCUCCCCAAGAUACGACAGCGAGCAUCCCAGCACUUUCGACAAAUAGAUCGACGCGGAAAGCAUUAGGGAAACGGGGCCUGCUAGCAGUGCUGUCCAUUAUUGCAGCCAGCAUAUUUGCUUAG